ACUCAAGUGCAAAAGAAAAUUAUAAGAGAUUUCUUAGAGUGUCCCUCUCAUCUUAAAUUUAAAAUUUUAGAAAUUGUUGAAAAGGUUGAAGACACAGAUGAGCUUGUUGAAAGCCUAAAAACAGAGGGCUUCUGUUCAGGAGAAAUGUUAAAAUUUUUACUGGAUAUCCUUGUGGAUCACCUAUACUCUUUGCAUUCUGAUCCAAAUGCACUUCUGACCAUAGAGCCAGAAGCUAUGGCAGUAAGCCUGGUGGCUACCUUCCCUAAAUUUGCGCAAAGAUGUACCAAAGAAGGAGAAAAACCUUGGACUUGGCUUUUUGGUAAAUCUAAUGGGGUAGGAAAACUUGCAAAUAAUAUUGCCAAUCGUCAGAAACUUCAGGAUACACCAAGGGCUCGUAGUGGAGGGCAAAGGAAGGCUCCUCAGAAAAAGGAGCAGCCUGUAAUUUUAAAGAGAGCCAUUGACCCCUCGGAACUAUCUAAUGAGACUAAAUACCUUGGAUGCAUCAGCCAUAUUGAUUCAAACAAGGUGACAAUUGUCAGCCUGGCCAAGCAGACCUUUCAGGAACGUAGGAACUAUGUCAUGGAUGAAAAAUAUCUCCUUGAUUCUGUGCUUCAACAAUUCAAAUAUCUGAAAGCUUUUAAAGGAGAAAUGAUAUUCUUGGAGUUUGAACUGAUGAAUCCAACCAUGGGAGAUAACUUGAUACGUGAUGGGCACCAAUAUAUUGAAAAACUUCUAAAACUGGGUUAUGCUGAGCCAAAGAAAUAUGGCAGUGUGUCCAACUUAACAAAGGAUGACUGCUUGAAUGCCCUUAUGAUCUUGACUAAAUUUCUGCCCCUUCCCAAGAGAGUAUAUGCACAUGAGAAAAAAAUGAGUCUUGUGGCAGAACUCGACCACAUAUACCAAUUGGUACCAGUGGGAAGCGGUGUUGAACUUGAAAUUUCUAGAAGAAGAGAGGAGUGCAGGCACCCCAUUCAACCGUAUGUCAUGGCUAUGGGUGACCGAGACCAAAUUGUUAGCCAGUAUCUUGUUCUGGGUGAUGGGCAUUCAAUACAAUUGCCAGAACAGCCAACCCUGAAAACAAUAGAUUUACUGCUCAAAGCACAUUAUGUAUUCAAUGUGCCAUACUACCUGGCAUGGAAAAAUGCCUUCAGAUUUUUGUCAGUCCAAAUUCUUGGGCUGCCAUUAGAAAACCCAAGACAAUCUAGUUUUACUGCUGAACAUGUAGAGCUGUUUAAUCGAUUCUGAACUCUUUUACUGUGUAAUUAGUACAUUUCUAUGAUAUUUUUUAAAAAUGAAAUUUAAAUUGAUGUAUUUUUUUAAUGUAUCAGAUCUAGCUGGUCAACUCUGUAUAUAUCUAUAUAUUCCAAGAAUUCUGUAUAUGAUUUCCAAACACGUAAUUGUUUUAUUUCUUUAACUGAAUAUUUUGAGCUGUGUCAUUGGAAGUAGUAAAAAACUAUU